CAAAUCCAACCCCUUUUUUCGAUCCAACAAAAGUUGUACUCAACAUUUUCUGCUUUAGCUUUCUCCUUUGAUCAGCUGUUGUUGUUGGGAUCUCAUGGCUUUUGUUGGAGAGGCUAUUCUUUCUGCUCUCUUUGAGACUUUGUUUUUCAAGUUGGCCUCCUCUGACCUGCUCAAGUUCGCACGCCAAGAGCAGGUCCACGCGGAGCUCAAGAAAUGGGAGAAGAUAUUGCUGAAGAUCCAUGCAGUGCUGGAUGAUGCGGAGGAGAAGCAGAUGACGGACCGAUUGGUGAAGAUAUGGCUGGACGAACUCAGAGACCUGGCUUACGAUGUGGAGGACAUCUUGGACGAGUUCGGCACCGAAGCUCUGCGACGCAAAUUGAUGGCGGAAACUGAACCAAGCACAAGUAUGGUAUGCAGCCUCAUCCCAUCUUGUUGUACUAGCUUCAAUCCAAGUACUGUUAGGUUUAAUGUUAAAAUGGGGUCCAAGAUAGAGGAGAUCACUGCCAGAUUACAGGACAUUUCUGGACAGAAAAAUGAUCUCCAUUUAAGGGAGAAUGCUGGAGGGAGCUCCUAUACGAUGAAAUCAAGACUGCCCACUACUUCCUUGGUGGAUGAAUCGCGUGUUUAUGGUAGGGAAACAGACAAAGAAGCCAUUCUCAACCUGUUGCUCAAGGAUGAACCGAGUGAUGAUGAAGUUUGCGUGAUUCCUAUUGUCGGUAUGGGAGGUAUCGGCAAGACAACUCUCGCUCAGCUUGCGUUUAACGACUGCAAAGUGAAGGAUCAUUUUGAUUUGAGAGCUUGGGUUUGUGUUUCCGAUGAUUUUGAUGUUGUGAGGGUAACCAAAACCAUUCUGCAAUCGGUUUCUUUGGAUACCCAUGAUGUCAAUGAUCUCAAUUUGCUUCAGGUCAUGUUGAAGGAGAAGCUUUCUGGGAACAGGUUUCUUCUUGUCUUAGACGAUGUUUGGAAUGAGAAUUGUGAAGAAUGGGAUAUUCUGUGCUCUCCCAUGAGAGACGGGGCACCAGGCAGUAAAGUUAUUAUCACAACUCGCAAUAAAGGGGUUGCAUCAGUUGCAGGAACCGGCUCAGCCUAUCCUCUACAGGAGCUGUCACAUGGUGAUUGCUUAUCCUUAUUUACCCAGCAAGCACUGGGGACAAGAAGCUUUGAAGCUCACCCACCUCUCAAAGAACUUGGCGAGGAAAUAGUCAGAAGGUGCAAAGGAUUGCCUUUAGCAGCCAAGGCCCUUGGAGGCAUGUUGCGGAAUGAAGUAAAUUAUGAUGCAUGGGUAAAUGUAUUGAAAAGCAAGAUAUGGGAUUUACCCCAAGAGAAAAGUAGUGUUCUUCCAGCUCUCAAACUAAGCUACCAUCAUCUUCCCUCUAAUUUGAAGCGAUGCUUUGCUUAUUGCUCGAUAUUUCCAAAGGAUUAUGAGUUCGAUAAGGAUGAAUUGAUCCUAUUGUGGAUGGCAGAAGGGUUUUUGCAGCAAACGAAGGGGGAGGAUCAACCGGAGGACUUGGGUGCUAAAUACUUUUGCGAUUUAUUAUCUAGGUCAUUUUUUCAACAAUCAAGUUACAAUUCAUCCAAAUUUGUGAUGCAUGACCUCAUCAAUGAUUUGGCUCACUUUGUUGCGGGAGAAUUAUGUUUUAAUUUGGACGAUAAGUUGGAGAAUAAUGAGAUAUUUACAAGUUUUGAGAAGGCUCGUCAUUCAUCAUUCAAUCGUCAAAGUCAUGAGGUGCUCAAAAAAUUCGAAACCUUUUACAGGGUGAAAUUUUUACGAACAUUAAUUGCACUACCAAUUAAUGCAUUAUCUCCAUCUAACUUCAUAUCACCUAAAGUGAUACAUGACCUUCUAAUACAGAAAAGCUGUUUGAGAGUGCUAUCAUUAAGUGGCUAUCGCAUUAGUGAGCUGCCCAAUUCUAUUGGUGAUCUGAGACAUCUACGGUAUCUCAAUCUAUCAUACUCGUCAAUAAAAAGGUUACCAGAUUCAAUAGUUCAUCUUUACAAUUUGCAAACAUUGAUAUUACGUGAUUGCUACAGACUCACUAAAUUGCCUAUAGAAAUUGGAAACCUACUUAAUCUUCGACAUCUUGAUAUUACCGAUACAAGUCAGCUGCUAGAGAUGCCUUCCCAAAUAGGAAGCCUUACAAAUUUGCAAACGCUAUCUAAGUUUAUUGUGGAUAGAGGUAGCAGUUUGGGAAUACGAGAAUUGAGGAAUUUGUUGGAUCUUCAAGGAAAGCUUUCCAUUUCAGGUCUGCACAAUGUGGUGAAUGUUCAAGAUGCAAAAGAUGCCAAUUUAGCAGAUAAGCAGAACAUCGAAGAGUUGACGAUGGAAUGGAGUAAUGAUUUCCGUAAUGCACGAAACGAAACAGAGGAAAUGCAUGUUCUGGAGUUGCUACAACCUCAUAGAAAUCUGAAAAAGCUCACGGUUGCGUUUUAUGGCGGAUCACAAUUACCAUGUUGGAUAAAGGAGCCCUCAUAUCCAAUGAUGACUCACUUGAUUCUCAAAAAUUGCAAAAUGUGCACAUCACUGCCAUCUCUUGGUCGACUACCCUUACUGAAAGACUUGCAUAUUGAAGGCCUGAGUUAAAUUAUGAUCAUAAGUUUGGAGUUCUAUGGGGAGAGCGUGAAGCCUUUUCCAUCCUUGGAGUUUCUGAAAUUUGAGAAUAUGCCAAAAUGGAAAACUUGGUCUUUUCCUGAUGUGGAUGAAGAAGCCGAAUUAUUUCCAUGUCUUCGUGAGCUUACAAUAAGGAAAUGUCCAAAGUUAGAUAAAGGGUUACCCAAUUUGCCUUCCCUAGUAACUCUUGACAUCUUCGAAUGUCCAAAUUUGGCGGUUCCUUUUUCAAGAUUUGCAUCUCUUCGCAAACUAAACGCAGAAGAAUGCGAUAAGAUGAUAUUGAGAAGUGGGGUAGAUGACAGUGGCCUAACAUCUUGGUGGAGAGAUGGAUUUGGAUUAGAAAACCUACAUUGUCUUGAAAGUGCAGUGAUUGGACGGUGUCACUGGAUUGUAUCCCUGGAGGAGCAAAGGCUGCCCUGCAAUCUUAAAAUUUUGAAAAUAAAAGACUGUGCUAACCUGGACAGGCUACCAAAUGGACUGCAAAGUGUGGAGGAGUUGUCCAUAGAGAGGUGCCCCAAACUGGUUUCAUUUCUAGAGAUGGGGUUCUCACCAAUGCUAAGAUAUCUGUUGGUGAGGGAUUGCUCAUCUCUCAUUUGCUUUCCAAAAGGUGAGCUGCCUCCUGCGCUUAAGCAUUUGGAGAUUCAUCAUUGUAAGAAUCUAACAUCUCUACCAGAGGGGACCAUGCACCAUAAUUCCAACAACACUUGUUGUCUUCAAGUAUUGAUUAUACGUAAUUGUUCGUCUCUCACAUCCUUCCCUGAAGGCAAGUUACCCUCCACCCUGAAGCGACUGGAGAUCAGGAAUUGCUUGAAAAUGGAGCAAAUUUCAGAAAACAUGCUGCAAAACAAUGAGGCUCUUGAAGAAUUGUGGAUUUCUGACUGUCCAGGUCUAGAGUCCUUUAUAGAAAGAGGCUUGCCUACCCCCAAUCUCAGACAGCUUAAGAUUGUCAAUUGUAAGAAUCUCAAGUCCCUACCUCCUCAAAUGCAAAACCUCACAUCUCUUCGAGCUCUGAGCAUAUGGGAUUGUCCAGGUGUGGUGUCCUUUCCAGUAGGGGGUUUGGCCCCCAACCUAACAGUACUUGAAAUCUGUGAUUGUGAGAAUCUGAAGAUGCCCAUGUCAGAGUGGGGCCUCCACUCCCUCACCUAUCUUUUACGCUUAUUGAUCAGGGAUGUUCUCCCAGAUAUGGUUUCCCUUUCAGAUAGUGAGUGUCUUUUUCCUCCAUCUCUGAGCUCCCUUUCCAUCUCCCAUAUGGAAUCCCUUGCCUUUCUGAAUCUCCAAAGCCUUAUCUGUUUAAAAGAGCUAAGUUUCCGUGGAUGCCCUAAGCUCCAGUACUUAGGGCUGCCCGCAACAGUUGUAAGUCUUCAAAUCAAGGACUGUCCUAUGCUAAAAGAAAGGUGCUUAAAGGAGAAAGGAGAAUAUUGGCCCAACAUUGCCCACAUACCCUGCAUUCAAAUAGAUGGCUCAUACAUCCACUAACUAUCACAAGUUCAGAUCGAAAUUCAUUUCUUGAAGCUGAAACAUGGAACCAAAAACCAUUCAAUUCUAUGCCAUCCUUACUUCCAAUCAGCAGGAACUGGCUUAUGGCUUCAAACCUUUUUCUCUUCAAGAUUGUCUUAUCCUUGAUCUCUCCAAAGCUCAUGGGGGUUUCCUGUGAAAUACAAGAUGGGAAUGGAACAGGCAGUGCAUGGGAUAAAAGAAGUUUCCUUUGAUAAAUAGGUGGCUCUGGCAGUAGUGAAGCAGUUAUUAAUCAGUGAUUUCCCUUGAAUAAAUAUUACAGAAUUCAACUAAAACCGAAUAUGUACUCCUGCCCCACUUAAUUGGCUUGUUCUUAUAUGUUUCAGAUGAAGGAACCAUGGCUGCUGGUAUUAUAUCCCACCUUUGCUGCAUGAUGACCCCUAAAUUGUUGCGUUUUUCUGAUCAAGAUAAUCCAAAUUCCUUGCAUGCAAUUGCAUCGCCCAUUCAUCCUUUUGAUUCUAUCUCCAUACUCAAAUGAAAGCAAAGACCAGUCUUUCCUCCUUAUUUUCAAUUAGGAAAGAAGAAUGAAGCAGAUGAAAUCCAAGAUUUCUCAAUCAUUACUGUGGUCCAUUCAAAUAUGCCGUAUACAUGUUCUUGAUCACAGUGUAUCAUGGACCCUCACUUCUCACGGCUGGUUCAAACCAUGGCUCUGGAGUGAAGAAACAAAAGCAGUUUGUCUCAAACUCUGAAAGUAGAAACAUGGAAGAAAGAAAUGCAGACACAAUUGGAGACCCCCUAACAAUAGCUGCAGCUUUUAGUGGAAGGGUCUGCUGUCUUCUAUGGAGGGUUGGGAUGGCCCCAAGCUUAGCAUCAUUUUGGGUUCAAGGUUUUGAGAUACUCGAGACACUCCAUCAUUGAGCCUUCAUUUUGUGGUGGAUUUUGAGAUUGAUUUCCUUUUCAGAUGAAGAUCUCCUGCUUCUUGUUCCUAUAACUUUGACCAAGGCUUCUAUUGAAUUUCUAUAAUUUGCAUUCCUUGGCUUCUUCAAGUCUCCAAACCUCACCUCCCUUGCAAUUCUACUGGUUUCAAACUACCCACUCUGCUCCUUUUGCCAAUGAACGGGCUGCCUGAAAUUCUCUGAUCAAUGCCUGAAAUCCAGACAUGUCAUGUUCUUAAACAAAGGUGCCCGAAGAUUGGUCCCAGACUGCCUGCAUCCUCUAAAUUCAGCUACAUGACUUGAUGGACUAUAUGAGGAGACUGAAUUCUAUUUUCCAUUCUGAGAUAUGGAAGCAAAGACCACUCUUCUCUCCCUUUUUUCGGCUAGGCAUGUAUAAGGAUCCACUCCUUCUCAUUUAGAUAUUGUUAGCUCUAGUUCAAUGAACUCUCAUGGCUUUAGAAAGUGUCUGCCUAUUUAGCACCCACUUUCAUUAGCAUGAUAUUUUAUGUCUCAAUGGGAAUUUCUUCUCUACAUAUAGAAGGAAAUGAUCAAGGCAAAUGAAAUCCAACAAAUUUCAUAAUCA